AUGGAUGCGGCACACCUGAGCCAGGAGACUCCGGAGCGCCUGAUCUGUGUGAAAAUGGAAGUGGAUGAGACGCCGACAGCUGCUGGAGGCCUCGGAAACUGGACCCACACGAGAGAGAAGCCAUACAAAUGCUCGACCUGUGGAGAAAACUUCAGUGUGAGAUCAAGCCUCAGUGCCCAUGAGAGAAUCCACACAGCAGAGAAACCUUAUAAACAUACAGAAUGUCCAAAGAACAUCUCCUUGAGAUCUAACCUCAAAGAACACAAAAAAUUCCACAGAGGAAAAAUUACAUAUGACUGCGUAGAUUGUGGGAAGAGCUUCACUUGUAGCUCACGUCUUCUUAGACAUCAGAGAACUCACACAGGAGAGAGACCAUACAACUGUUUAGAGUGUGGGAAGAGCUUCCCUUAUAGCUCAGACCUCCUUAGACAUCAGAGGAUCCAUACGGAUGAGAAACCAUACGACUGUGUGGACUGUGGGAAAAGCUUCAAUUUGAGUGCAAUUCUUAUUGCCCAUCAGAGACCUCAUACAGGAGAAAAGCCGUACCGGUGCUCAGACUUCUGUGGCAAGAGCUUCACUUGUAGCUCACGUCUUGUUAGACAUCAGAGAACUCACACAGGAGAGAAACCAUACAGCUGUUUGGAUUGUGGUGACAGCUUCUCUUGUAGCUCAGACCUGCUUAGCCAUCAGAGUAUCCAUACGGGUGAGAAACCAUACAAUUGUGUGUACUGUGGGAAAAGCUUCCGUUUGAAUUCAGUUCUUAUUGUCCAUCAGAGAACUCAUGCAAGAGAAAAGCCAUACCAGUGCUCGGACUGUGGCAAAUUCUUCAGUGCAAGGUCUCAACUCAAUGUGCAUCAAAGAAUCCACACAGGGGAGAAGCCCUAUGAAUGCUCGGACUGUGGCAAGAGCUUCACUUGUAGCUCACGUCUUCUUAGACAUCAGAGAACUCAUACAGGAGAGAAACCAUAUCAGUGCUCAGAGUGUGGGCAGAGGUGUAACCUGAAGUCCAAUCUCAUUAGACACCAGAAAACACAUAGAGGAGAGAAACCCUAUAAAUGCAUAUACUUUUUUGAGUUAUGUGAAACGUUCCUUGAAAGGGUGAUGGUGGUGAUCGUGGUGAUCGUUGUGACCAACGUCCUGCUUCUGGCUAGACUCGUCGUCUUUGUCAUAAAACCAGUUGUCAAGAUCGUGGCAACGGAUCAUCCCAGCCUGCUGAGCCAGAUGAGGAUCAUCUUCUUUUUAAUUCUGUCCAAUGAGAGUCUGUUCUUCGAUGGCCUGGUUAUCACUCUGAUGCUAUCCGGGGUCUUCAUCUUGAUCCUGUGUAAGUAA